AUGCCCUGCAGCAAGGUUUUCUACUUUCACCGCUUCCUCUCGCUGAAGAUGGGAGGCUAUUACUGCUUGUUUCAAUUCUUGCUCAUCUAUGUUCUGCUCCACGGACAUCGCAGCCAUUCUCUGAACCAGGCAUGCCACCCCACUGACCUGGAGGCACUUCUUGCUUUUUCCAAUGGCUGGGACAGGAAGGGUGCCAAGCUCACCGGAUGGCAUCCCAACGACACCGCAUGCUGUUUCUGGACCGGCAUCUCCUGUGAUCUUGGGAGGGUUAUCGUGUUGGAUCUCUUCAACAAGAGCCUCCAUGGCGGCAUCUCCUCCUUGAUCACCUCGCUCGAUGGCCUCAUGACACUAAACCUCUCCUGCAACUCGUUCCAUGGUCAGCUACCAGAGGGACUUGGCCAGCUAGCGAGGCUGCAGAUGCUCGACCUCAGCGUGAACAUGUUCUCUGGGCCGUUCCCGGUGAGGGAAGACGGCUUCCUAGCUAUUGAGAUGGUAAACAUCUCCUUCAACAAAUUCACCGGACCGCAUCCUACGUUCCCUGGCGCGAUGAACCUGGCGGUUCUUGAUAUCUCUAGUAAUACCUUCUCUGGUGGCUUCAACACCAGGGCCCUCUGUGUUACGCCAGUCAAGGCCCUGCAAUUUUCCAGGAAUGAGUUCAACGGUGAGGUCCUCGCCGGCUUUGGCAGAUGCAGGAUGCUCGUGGAGCUCUCUAUUGAUGGCAGUGGCAUCACUGGGAGUAUCCCCAGCGACCUGUACAUGUUAUCAGAGUUGAGGAGGCUCAGUUUACGGGAAAAUCAGCUCUCUGGUAGUCUCAGCCAGUACCUGGGUAACUUCUCUCAGCUUAUUCAUAUCGACCUGUCAUAUAACAUGUUCACUGGUGUCAUCCCUGAUGUGUUUGGUGGUUUGAGGAGGCUGGAGUUCUUAAACUUGGCCUCAAAUUUGUUCAGUGGCACAUUGCCUGCCUCCCUAUCAAGCUGCCCUAUGUUGAGGGUUGUCAACCUAAGGAACAAUUCGCUGUCAGGCGAAAUUGCCCUAGACUUCAACUUACUGCCAAGGCUGAAUGUUCUGGAUGCAGGGAGCAACACGUUGAGUGGUGCCAUACCUCCCAGUCUCAUGUGGUGCACCGAGUUGAAGACGCUGAACUUCGGAAGGAACAAGCUCAAGGGGGAGAUACCAGAGAGCUUUAAACAUUUGCGAUCCCUGUCACACCUCUCACUUGCUCAAAAUGGCUUCACCAACCUGUCAUCGGCAUUGAGGGUCUUGCAGCACCUGCCCAAACUGACGAGUUUAGUGCUUACGAAGAACUUCCAUGGUGGUGAGACAUUUCCAAUAGAUGGCAUCAGUGGUUUCAAGAGCUUGCAGGUGCUUGUCCUUGCAAACUGUGCACUCUCAGGCAUGAUCCAGCCUUGGCUGCAGAACAUGGAGAGCCUCAGAGUGCUGGACAUUUCAUGGAACAAGUUGAAUGGAAAGCUCCCAUCAUGGUUAGGCAAUCUGAAUAAUCUCUUCUACGUCGACCUGUCAAACAACUCGUUUAGUGGGGAACUCCCCAAGAGCUUUACACAAAUAAAGAGUUUAAUUUCAAGUACUUAUUCAAGUGAGCAUGCAUCAAUAGAGGACCUCCCAUUAUUCAUUAAGAAGAAUUCAGCUGAAAAAGGUUUGCAGUACAACCAUGUGAGCAGUUUCCCUCCGGCGCUGAUCCUCUCUAGUAACUGGCUUAUUGGGCCAGUCUUGCCUGGCCUUGGGCAUCUUGUGCAGCUCCAUUUACUUGACUUAAGCUGGAACAACUUCUCAGGGCACAUUCCUGACGAGUUGUCAAACAUGUCCAGCCUGGAAGUGCUGAAUUUUGCCCACAAUGGUUUAAACGGGAGCAUACCUUCAUCUCUAUCGAAGCUGAAUUUCCUCUCCAAGUUUGAUGUGUCAUACAACAAUCUCAGUGGAGAUAUCCCAAUAGGGGGGCAAUUUUCCACAUUCACAAAUGAGAGUUUUGUGGGCAAUGCUGCACUAUGCCUUCUUCGGAAUGGCCCCUGCUCUGGAGAGAAUCCACUUGAAGGAACUGGAAAUGAUGGCACCGAUACUGUAUCUGCAAUGCCUGCGAUGACAUACAUCACUGUGGAAGUGGGAUUUGCUUUCGGGCUUUUAAUCGUCUGGAACAUACUGUUUUUUGCAAGGGCUUGGAGGGCUGCGUAUUUUCUGACGGUUGAUAGGUUCUUUGAUAUGAUAUAUCUAGUGACAAUGACGAAGGUGAACAAGUUAAGAAGAAAAUGGGAGGAGUAA